AUGCCUUUUUUUCAGCAAACAGGCACCAAACAUAAACGCCGACCACCCAAGGCCUCCCACGCGGCCGGCCCGAAAAUCACACCGCACACUUCAGCAGCCUGGUGGGACUUGGACUGGCUCACACCAGAUCCCCUACAGACACAGGCUCAAAGGUCAGAAGCAAUGGGGAAAAAAUCCCACAAAUCCCAAGCGGCCGUCUCACAAGAUAUGCAGGACAUAGGCUUGCUGCUACAACGCACACCAAAGCCCAGGGAGCAGGAGCUGACUGAACCGGGGGCCAAAGACCUUAAAGAGACAGGAGGGGUGAGUGACACCAUACAGGAGCCACCACCAACAGGGCUCCAGACAACGCAAACCCCGACUAGCCAGGGCCCUGCGACUAAGCUGGACAUCGACAACCUUUUUAACCGCAUCCAACAACUAUUUGCGACAGAUAUAGCCGCGGUGCGCACAGAAGUGCAAGCGGUAACUGCUCAUGUCCAGGCAACGGACUCCACUGUGGCUGACCUACAACAUCAUCUAACGGCAUUAACAGACACAGUCAAACAGUUACAGGGGUCCCACACGGAAACCUCGCUGAGAAUAGACACCAUGGAUGAAAGAGCACGCCAGAAAAAUAUCAAGAUACGAGGGGUUGCAGAAACAGUCACCCCCGAAGAAAUACCACACCUCAUAAGGAGAAUGGUGUUCAAACUACUCCCGGCAAAACAGGCCAAACAAUUCACGCACGACGGGGCCUACCGCAUAGCCAAGUCCCCCAGGGCGCGGAACACAGCCCCAAGGAACAUAAUCUUAUGCUGUGGUACGAGACAAGACAAGCAUGCCCUACUGAAAGCAACAUUCAACAAGACACCUAUGGACUUUGAGACUCACAAGAUCUCGCUUUUUCAGGAUCUCCACCGUUCCACGCUAACAUGGCGGAAAACGAUGCAACCCAUCACGCGAAAACUACAAGAAGUGGGCAUAUCAUGCCGAUGGUCAACGCCCAGGUCCCUUACGGUAUACAAAAACGGCACACAGCUGAAGGCAACCGACCUUCCUAGCAGCAGUGGGCAUCAAUGA